GGCACCCAGACUCACGACAAUCAGACUCUACUGUGGCCCACGUUAUCACGCAGCAUCGCCGAAUAACCAGCAAUAUUCACGCUAGAUACCAACGAUGGUUACUAAUCAAGAGCUAAAUGCCCGUCGCGAGCCGGGCUGCACCAUUAUUCUCGCCGACAAGAAAUAUUUUCAUGUUGGGAAUUGGUUUAUGAAACGGACACUUCGACAGCACGAGUGGCAAUCUGUGGCCAAUGGCCCUACCAUCAUUCCUCCCACUACAUAUCCGCAACGAUGGAAGACCGAUGCUGCGAUUCUGCGAUUCCUCCGGCAGAACACGAAUAUUCCGCUUCCGCCGUCAGAAUGCACAUUCGAGGACGAUGGAGCCUUCUACUUCCAAAGCGAAUAUGUUGAAGGCGUUAGCAUGAAGCAGCUAAAAGACGAAGAAAAGGUUGUUGUGAUGCAGGAGCUAGAGGAUCAUGUGGCAACGCUGCGACGCCUAAGAUCUGAUACCCCUGGUGUACCUGGAGAAUUACUUAUGUGUCCUCCCCAGCGGGUCACUAGCAAGCGAUGGAAAAUGAAUAGUUGUUGGCGACCGUGUAAGGAGAAGGGGGAAUAUGUGUUCUGCCAUAACGACCUUGGACAACACAACGUGAUAGUGGAUCCCCGUACACUCCAGAUAAAAGCGAUCAUUGACUGGGAGUUUGGUGGGUUCUGGCCUGAAUGGUUUGAAAAACCGUUCUGGAAGCGCCCAGGGCCUAGUGUGGUGCUUGAAGGGGAAGAAGAUGACGUGCAGCGAUGCCGGGACUGGUUGACUACUUACUGUACUGAGGUGACAAUGCCGGGUCCCUAAAUAUUCCAAGAGCUAAUCUCAAGACCUUUCGCUUUCUAAA